UUCCAGCAACUUUCGUCUCAAAAAUUGUAGAACUGCUCGCUCACUGGCCGCUCGUCUGUCCACACCCACCAUGUCGUCCUUCUUCACCCUGCCCGCUUCGCAAAAGAAGCGAAAAAGAGCUCAAGACUCCGCUCCCGCAAAAUCCUCGAAAGCGCCCUCUUCCAAACCACGAAAAAUCCGCGACGAAUCCAUCUCCGGCUCCGAUGAUGAAGACGACGACGAACACCAGUCUUCUCGCAAUCGCGCGCUAGACGUGCACAGCGCCGAUGAAGAAUCUAGCGAUGACGAAAAUGAGGAUGUCGCUUCUAAGCGGAUCCGCCUGGCGGAGCAAUACCUUGCCAACACGCAGAAGGAAAUUCUCGAUGAGGCGGGUUUUGAUGCUGCGGACAUUGAUAAGGAGAAUCUGGCGAGACGGAUGGGAGAGAGGUUGAAAGAGGACACAGCGGAGUCAAAAGGGAGGAUAUAUCGCUGGAUUAGUGGCGAUUUUGAGUGGUCGCGUGCCGAGAGGACGCAGUGGAGGUUUCACCAGAAGAGUGUGACAAGCGUGGCGGUUUGUGAAAAGGAUGGCGUGGCGUAUACGGUUGGCAAAGAUUGUGUAUUGGCGAAGUGGAAGCUGCCGGAGGUGGUUGAGGAGGAAGAGGAGGGAGAGAAGAAGAGGAGUAGGAAGCCAAAAUUACUUGCUGUGAACAAGAGGUUUGGCGAGAAGACCAAGGGGAUGGAGCAGCAUAACAAAGCCAUUCGUUGUGUGGCAGCGAGUCAGGAUGGCAAGUUCGUGGCGACGGGUGGGCUGGACAAGAAGUUGAUUGUGUGGGAUGCGGCGACGCUCAAGCCGCUGAAGACAUUCUAUUACCAGAAUUGCCAUCGCGACUCAAUUGACAGCUUGUCGUUUCGGCGGGGCACAAAUCAGCUCUUCAGCGCGAGUCGCGAUCGGACGGUUAAGAUCUGGAGUCUGGACGAAUUGACGUACGUCGAGACGUUGUUUGGGCAUCAAGAAGAGGUGGCAGAUGUGUCAGCACUGGCACAGGAGAAGUGUGUUACCGUGGGAGCAAGAGACAGGACAGCGCGAUUAUGGAAAGUGGUCGAGGAAAGUCAAUUGGUGUUCAGAGGAGGCGGAGCGCCCAAGCAGUCGCAACAAAAAGCAAAGGACAACGACAGCGGGAUUGAUGUUGGCGAGGACUACGAAAUGCCACACGAAGGCUCAAUGGACCGCGUGGCGUGUCUGGAUAAUGAUACAUUUGUGACAGGCUCGGACAAUGGCUCACUAGCACUAUGGAAUGUCCACAAGAAGAAGCCUGUUCACGUGUACCCGCUUGCACACGGAAUGGACCCGCCCCUGCCCCUGUCAGAAGUGAGCGCAGAAGAGGUGCCAUCAGAAGAAGCAACGACGAAACCCCAACCACGAUGGAUCACGGCAUUACGAGCGAUACCCUUCUCCGAUGUAUUUGUAUCUGGAUCCUGGGAUGGUUAUGUACGAGUAUGGCGGCUCAGUCAAGAUAAGAGACGGAUCGAACCUUUGGGAAGAGUGGCCUGCGUGGAGAGUUCUGUCGAAAACUUGCUUGACGAAUUCGGAUUAAGCUCAGCUGCGCUUUCGAAAAGUGCUCUACAAGCUGUGACCGAUGGAACGGAAAAGAAUGGCGUGGUUUCUGGCAUCGUCAAUGACUUGGCGAUUGCGGACCGCGGCGAGAGAGCCAAGAAUGGUGUUCUGGUCAUCGCGGCUGUGGGUAAGGAGCAUAGACUGGGCAGCUGGAAGGUCCAAGAGGAUGGCAAGAACUACUGUGUGCUCUUUGAAGUGCCCAGGAAAGUGCUGAACAGCGAAGAGUCUGCGGAUAGUGCAGAGGCCGGUGGCGAGGAGGAUGGAGGCGACUUUGGUGGAUUUGACUGAAAGAGAGCAUCAAACGUCAAGACUCAAUGCAUUCACGCCUACCAGGACUUCUUCGGGCCAAAACCAACGAGGCUAUUGGCUGCGCAAGGCGGGCUCUGCAUCAUCGCGGCAACACGCUUAUUGCUCGACCUGGGCUUCACACAUUGCUCACUCUACGCGAACUCAUGAUCUCCAGAACAUCUUCGCGGGUCGGGCGUAGUCGAGAACUUAUACUCGUGUAGAUAAUAUUAUACAGCCCACCAACCAAAAGGCCGUUUCAUGUGCCGCUCUUAUCAGCACGCUCACCAGAU